UCCUCCCCUAACCCCGCCCAUUGGGGCUCUCACCCAGGAACCUGCCUGACCGGUUCCCUGGGGCUCCCCACCUCAGCGAGCCGGCAUGGCCACCGCCUCCUCUUCCUCCUCCCCGUGCCCCGGGCCUGCUUCGGUGGCUCCGAGUGCCCCGGCUCCCGCUAGCCGGGCAUCUCUGGCCUCUUCGGGCCUGGGCCGCUGCCGGGCAGCCCUGCUGCUGGCUGUGGGCCUGGACGUGGCCGGGAUGGUGGCCUUGCUGACUGGUGUCUUUGCCCACCUCCAGGUCCAAGGCCGGGACUUUGGAGAUCUGCUUAUCUACACGGGUGCCCUCAUGGUCUUCCUCAGCCUACUCGGCUGGAUCUUCUGGUACACGGGCAACAUUGAGAUCUCCCGCCAGGAGCUGGAGAGGGACUACGGCCGCAGGCCGAGCACCCUGGCCCGGCUGGCCCACAAGCUGUCCAGGCGCUGGUCUGCCCAGCCCAGCCCGGGCAGAGGGGGACGCCGGGGCCCCAAGCAGCAGGCCCAGAUGUCCCGCCGGGUCCGCCUGCAACUGAGCCCUCUGGAGGCCUCGGCAGCAGGAGCCGGGAUGGAGUGA